GGGAGGGGAAAAUGAAAAGGAAAACCCCUUUAAUUUUUGAAACACGAAAAGUGCAGUGCCGAACGAAGCUAAGCGAAAAAAGCGAGAAACCGCGCAGAUAAAUGAAAUGAAAAGUUAUAAAUAAAUAUAUAUGCCAUGCGGCUGGGUGAAAGAAGAAGAAGCAGCAGCAGCAGCAGCAAGGGACGUGAUUUCUUUCUUUUGCCUGUUCGUUCUUUCGCCCCCUCUCACUCGCACCCGCAGCAUCCCACAAAAGUAACAAAAAAAAUUCAUUCACAGCACAUGUUUUUGUGGCCGUUGCUGUGUUGUUGCCUUUGCCGCCUCCUCUUCGCCUGCUCGUUUAUCCUGCCAUCCUUUUUGGCCGCUCUCCAAAGAUUCUGAUUCGAUUUUUCCCACUCAUCUGGUGCGCUCUCUCUCUCUCUCUCCCAGCUUCUUUGUUUGUCCGCAAUACGCCAAACAUAUAUAAAAUUGAAAUAAAUCGGUAAUAAAAGUCUGAAAUAAACCCAAAGAGAUGAUUAAGUUCGUUUCAUAAGUAAAAGCGCACGGAAUAGCAGGAAAAGGUGCAGACGCGCGAAGAAAAAAGUAUCUCAGGGAUGCGUAGUAACGCAGACAAUCAAACCUCUUUGUGUGUGAUCAAAAAUCGAAAAACAGACAACAAAAAUACAGUCCGCGCUAAAUAAAGUGUACUCUUAAAGAAGUUAAUAUUAAGAAUGUGAAUGCUAAAUUACCUAUUCUUAGUGCAGCAAACAACUUGUGUUGUUUUAAAUAGUUUUAUUCAAACUGUAUGGAUUUAUUGACUUCUUUUGCUCGACACUGUAUGGAUUUAUUGACUUCUUUUGCUUGAAACUAUAAUUAUAAUAAUUGAGUAAAUUAUUUUUCUUAUCAAAAAUUCAUGAAUUGAUUAUGUUUUGUUUAACUUUUCUUAUUGUACUUAUAAUGUCAACACAACUUAAAAUUACUGAAUGGUUUUAUUUCCGUUCAAAUAAAUAUAGGAGGUAUAAAGUUUGAAAAUAAAAUGCAAGCUCUUUGAAAAUAAAACUUUCUUCUGUCUUUUUGUGAGUGAUUUCAAAAACAAAGCAAAAACUUUUAAUACAUAACAAAAACCUUACAUAAAAGAAAACAAUCAGAAUCACAAUAAAAUUAAAAUAAAAUAAAAAUAGCCGAAAUUUGAAAUGUUUCUACUGUAACCGUCUGACGAUGCCGCCCCCUCUUCGUUUCCUCUGGUUCGCCUCUUUCGCAUCAUCUCUUUUGUCUCGCGUUUGCGCCGUCUUUUUGCGCAUUUCUCUUUGGUUUGCUGAUUCGGUUCUGUUUUCGUUUCGAAAAAUUAAAACAUCCAGGGAGUUUUCAGUUUCCCAGGAGCCCAAAAAGCCACCCCUAUAAAAACAACAAACAAGAAUUUGUACUUUAUAUCGCCUUUCGUCGUCCCCUCCCUAUCGCUCAGUCGCGCACCGUCUCGCUCACUCGCACGUGCGACAUUGAAAAAUAUAAUAGUUUUGCGUGUGCUAAGAUAUAAUAACCUUUAAAGUGCAAAAGCUUGUUCUUAUUUCUGACUUACUUAUUUUGUAGUCAAAGUGAAUCUUAAAAAAACAUACAAAGAAACAAAAUUGUGCCAAAAACCAAGAAAAUAUUCAAAUCAAAAUAAAUCAAACUGAAAUCAUAAUACAAGAGAAAUAUUUGCAAAACCGAGAAUAAAGUGAUAGAAAAAUAGUGAACUACCCUUGUUGUCGGCCAACCCCCUGCAAAUACACGCAGCGAAAUUGUUGAGUGCACAACAAGAGAGGAGUAACAUCAUUUGCGACGCCACUGUGAACAUAAAAAGCCGUCAAACUGUGGGGCUCAGGGGCAUUUUUUCUUCCUCCGCAAGGAAUGUAUUAUCCGCACAUGGUGCAGGCGGGCGUGGCGCCUUUCCCGGGCGCUCCGGCCGGCUAUGCCGCCGCACCGAAUCCGGCAGCGGCGGCUGUUGCAGCAGCGGCCGCCGCCCAACAGCAGCAGCAGCAGCAGCAACAACAACAGCAGCAGCAGGCCCAACAACAACAGCAACAACAACAGGUGGCCGGCGGACCGCCCAACGCUGCCGACAGUCUGUCAAUGGCGGUGGCAGCGGCAGCGGCCAAACAGGCUGUUGAGCCAGUGGCCCAAAUAAAAUCGGGCGGAGGCGAGACCGCAGGAGCUGUCAACAACAAUAACACAGCUGGAGCGGCAGGAACGCCAGGAUCCGCCGGAGGAUUGACCACAGAAUAUUCAACUGGCUGUGGGGCUGGUGGUGCAUCGGCGGCCAAUUCGGCGGUGGUGACCACCAGUGUUUCCGACGUACAUGUUUCGAUGUUCAUGCAACAGAAGACAAAUCUGUCAACACAAACACAGACACAGUACGAGUACGAGUACGAGUACGAGUACAAUGGAACCAGCCUUGCAGAACCAAGAGUCCCAGGUCCCAUUCCGCUUCCACUGACAAAUGGACAUGCCAUGGACCAAGUGCAGCAGCCACCAGAACACCAGCAGCAUCUGCAAUCAUCGCUGCCCCCACAAAAUGUGCUCAGCGUAUCCACAGUAUUGAUCGCCAAUGAGGCAGCAGAAUCACAACAGAGCUCCGCCAUACCCAAUUCUGGAGGUGGCAGUACUGGUGGUGGUGGAGGCGGCGGCGGUGGAGGCGGGGGCACGCCCAGUUCACCGCUCAGCAGCUCCCCGUCCAGCGUAACAGCAUCGCAGGCAGGCGGAUGCGGACUGACCCUCAACGGCAGUGCCAACGAGGGUAGCAUGUCCGGGGACACAUCGCCGGUGGCCAGCGGCGAACCGCUCCUGCAGACGCCGCCCGCCCUCCAACAACAACAACAACAGCAGCAGCAACAACAACAACAGCAGCAACAACAACAACCGCUCCUGUGCAGCAGUCCCACAUCGAUGCAAUCGGCGGGCACUUCAGUGACGGGCAGCUCGAUAGCAUCCGGCACAUUGGCGGCAACCAGCAGCAGUGGCGUUGGACUUUUGCCCACCACCGGAUUGGAUAGUAUUGCCAAUGGUGGAGCAGGCUGUGCCGUAGUACCGGCCAGCACCUCGCAGGUGAUCGCCCACCUGAAUGCAGCAGCCGCAGCGGCCAGCGGCAUCAUGUCGCCCACGGCCAAUGUGGCCACUAGUCUCAGCAGCGCUCUAGUCCCGGCCCAGUCGGUGCCGUCGGUGGUCGCCUCCCUCGAUGCCAAGAGCCAGCCAAAGCGGCUGCACGUCUCCAACAUACCGUUCCGCUUCCGGGAUCCCGAUCUAAGGGCCAUGUUUGGGCAAUUUGGCACCAUUCUGGAUGUCGAAAUUAUCUUCAACGAACGCGGCAGCAAGGGAUUCGGUUUUGUAACAUUCGCUAACAGCAACGAUGCAGAACGAGCACGCGAACGUCUACACGGCACCGUGGUUGAGGGACGCAAAAUCGAGGUGAAUAACGCCACUGCACGUGUACAAACCAAAAAAGUGACAACAGUACCCAACGUUGUACUGACCAAAGAUGGUGGUAUGCCGGCCCCAGCUCUAGUCUGUGUACAAUGGCCCGAAGCCGCCGUUGCCGCCGCAAUGCGUGGAGUGGCCAUCCAGCGCGGACAAAUGGGCGUGGUCGGCGCCGCACCCUAUCAUCAUCCCCAUCACCCGCAUCAUCAUCCGGCGCUGUUGGCGGCCUCCGCCGCCGCCGCCCAACAACAGCAGCAACGCCAACUGGCCGCCGCCGCCGUGGCCACUGCAGCAGCCGCCCAACAGCAGCAGCAGCAGGCUGUUGUCCAGCAGCAGCAGCAGCAACAAGUUGUGGCCGCCGCCCAGCAGCAGCACCAACAGCAGCAGCAGCAGCAACAACAGGCGGUGCAACAGCAGCAGCAACAUCAACAACAGCAGCAGCAACAACAUCAACAGCAGCAGCAACAGCAACAUGCCGUCGUAGCCGCCGCAGCUGCCGCUUCGCAUCCGCACAUGCAUGCCGCCCAUGCCCACGCCCACGCCCACGCCCUUGGCCCCCAGUUGGCGCAACUCCAGGCGGUCGCUGUGCCGUCGGCCGCCAACAGUGCCGCCGCACUGCAGCAAUCGCUGGCCAAUGCCCUGGCCCAGAAUCCGAGCGGCAAUCCGAACGCUGCCCUAAACGCCGCCUAUGCCGCCCGCCUGUCGGCGGCGUCGGGCGCCACACAAUCGUCGCAAUCGGCCGCUGCUGCUGCGGCUGCUGCUUCCAUGGCCGCGUCGGCCAAUGCGGCCAACAAUGCGGCCGCUUUGCAUGGAUUCGCGCCUGUAUACUAUGAUCCCUUCUUAGCAGCCGCUGCAUCCGCUGAUCCGAAUCUACGCUUCCAGGCAGCCAAACCGGUCACUGAAGUUCCAGCCGCUCAGCCAGCCGCCAUAUUAAAUCGCCGCACUGUGACUACGCUAAACAGUAACCCACAUACGAUCAACCGCAUUCCGGUUCCACAGAAUGUUUUGGCCACUGCUCCGCUGUUAAAGACACCGCUGUCUCAGGCCCAGCAGCAGGCGUACGCCACGGCGGCCACCACCUACACGGCGGUAGCCGCUCGGGCCGCCUAUGGGGCCGCUGCCGCAGCAGCCGCCCAGCCGGCACUCGCCGGCUACGCCACCGUAGCUGGAUAUGCGCGCGAAUAUGCAGAUCCUUAUCUAGGACAUGGCAUUGGACCAGUUCCUGGAUACGGGGCUACCAUGUAUCGCGGUGGAUUCAAUCGUUUCACGCCAUAUUAAGAAAAAUCUACGCCAGUCAGCCAAAUAAUGCACUUGAACUACUCUCGAUGAAAAUGCUCAAUAUAUGAACAAAACAAAGCAAAUAAGUAACUUAGACGUAAAUACUCCUCCCUACGUGCAGUAAGUAGAAGUUACAACUAAACCGAUAGAUGCAGGAUACUCACACCCGACAGCAGACACGGCAACACCAACAACAGACGCUCAAAGUCCUUGGAGAGUUUAAAAUCAAAGCUAAGCAACAAAGAAACAAAAAGAACAUAAACAAAUCAAUGUCGUCCAGUAAAAGCAAAAAGCUACACCAAAAAAGAAAAAUAUACGCCGCUAAAUGCAGUUCUAUGGAGUUUAUAUAAGUAAACCAAACGAAAAGUAAAAAAAAAAUAUUUAAACAUAAAUUGCAAAAUAGUUUUGCAGAGAAUGAAAAGAAAAAUGUGCUUCAUGCGUAGAUUUUUACCAGAACAAAAGCUGAAACUUUGUGCGGCAGAUCAGAAUUUAUAUAUAUAUAUAUAUAUUUAUAUAUAUAUAUAUAUAUAUAUUACCGACAUGAUAUAUAGUUAUUAUAUAUAGGCAUUGUAUUUGUAUAUCAAAGCAAACCAGGAAAGAGAGCAAUGUUUUUAGGUACUUUUCAUGCUGAAACAUCAUCAAAAAAAUAUAUAUAUAUAUAAACCUUCGGUUGUUGAUUUUAAUAACUUCGUUGAACUAAGUUAGUCUUUAUGAUUUACAAAUUAUUCUAAAACAUUAGCGUUGUAGGAUGUAGUAAGGGAAAGCAACAAUGCAGCCACGUUAACAAAUCAAAUUGUAUAUUAUUUGCAAACCGCUAAAGCACAAACAAAAAUAUUUAUUCGUAUAUACUUUAGAUUGAUAUCUCUAACUUGACUACCCAAAGAAUACUCAUUUCUGUAUUGUACUGUAUUGUCAACGAAUUUAAUUUUAAUACAUUGCUUGGUUGUUCCUAAUUAUGUUAUAUUUUGGCAGCUAAAACCACUCACACUAAACUCACGACUCAAUUCGAAUUGCUCAAAAAAAUUGUAGCGCAUAGGUAAAUGCAAAAGAUCAACACGUAGACAUAUCCUUGGAAUAUACAAUAAUAUUUACUUUAAAUGCCGCCAUAGCAGCAAAGCAACAAACAAAAAAAAAAAAAAAAAUUAAAAAAAAAAAACACUAGUUUUAAAAAGUCAAGCUUCCAGUGACAAAAAGCCAUUGAUGAAUGAUGUGGAAAUCGAAUAAUAAGCAUUAAAAAUUACAAUUUUUAGCUCUUACUCCGUAGCACUUUCCUUGUGUGUUGUGUAAAGAAACAAAACAAAAACAAAAAAAUGGAAAAAAAGAAACGUCGUUUCGGUGUUGUUCAUUUUCGGUCUAGACCGAAGCGAAACUUCCCUAAGCAAACUAAGAAUUUAUUUUAUACACACUCGAAUCUAAUGCACACACAAAACAAAAAUGAAACCAUGAAUCUUUUAACAAUGUGUAUUUUUCAAAUGUUAACGAUUAAAUGCUCAAUGGAAAACAUCCAAACAAAAGGAAGUCGUUCUCUAUAUUGAUUCUUAGGCAGCUACUGUCAUCAAAUUUAUACUAGUUGUUUAUCAACCAUACUAUGCUAAACAAAAACAAGCUACUAAUUAUUGUGUGUGUGUAAUCGUGCAAUUCUUUAGGUGUUCUUCUUCGAAUUUCCUUAAAAAACCUACUACCAAUUACUUGAAAAAAGGGAUGAAGAGAGGAAUGAAAAAUUCAUCAACUCCAAAGAGCUUCAACUUUGACGUUUAUUUUUAUCUAAUCACUUAGCAACUGUCUCAGAUUGUACAUAUUUACGAUGACAUAUGGUAUUUUUCCCUAUUCCUCUCAACGCACACACAAACAACACACGCACAGGCUAGGAUCCUGGGAAAUUGAAGCAAUUUAUGGCAUACUCACAUUGUUACCCUCAAUAUAGGGUACUUCUUGUUUGAUUCUCUCUCAUGAUCAUGCAUUGAUAUACUAUUUUUACGUUGACAUUUUUAAAGCCAAAGUUUAUAUUUUAAAUGAUUUUUAGUUAGGUAUUAGAGUUUAUAUGCUGACGACAGACACAAAAGGAUAAGUAAAUGAUUACGAACUAAAAGGGAAAACAAUAAAGAAAAACAAAUCGAACCCAACAAUUGCCAAAUUAAUCGUAGCUUUCAACUGAAUUAUAAAAUAAAGACGUAAUUAAAUUUAAUGAAUUUUUCAACUAGCGCAAAAAUAGUUUGCCAAAAAGCCUAGCAUACUUUUUGGCCCACCCCGAUCACACACCAGAGAAAAAACACAGAUAUUUGGGUUUGAUGAGCAAAAGCAAGAGAUAAACCAUCUAGUUAUAAAGCAAACUUAAAUAUAUUACGGUACGGUAUAUACAUUUAAAUUAUGAACUCAACUUCCACCGCAAACUUUUAAAAACAAACAAAAAACAAAACAAAGAAAAACACAAUUUUUGUCUUAAGCAAUGCGUUGAGGAAAGUCAACCUACAAGUAAAUUAUAAAUGCAAACGCAACUCAAUCAAACACUGCAGCUAUAUUAUGACAUACGAUAUAUGAUGUAUAUGAUAAUAUCUUCAUUUAACCCGAUCCAUUUUGUGACCCCCAAAAACUGUAAUCUGUGUAGUUUAACCAUAAGCCAGCGCCAGCUUUUGUUUACUUUCACAUAGAUCAGAUGCCUAGGCGUCAUAUAAAGUAUAAAUAUAAAGUAUAUAAAUAUAUAUUAUAUGGAAACUCUAAUCUUUAAUGAUGUGCCAAAUUGUAAGUUGUACCAUUUGUUUUUAUGAGCAAAUGCAAAACACAAAUUGAAAUAAAAAUAUGAAUUAAAACAUAAAACAUUGAAAAUAGCAUUCAGUUUUCCUCCUCCCGAUAACCCGAAACGGAAUAUGCAAGAAGCCUAUUUUGAUUUUAAAACAUUUAGAUGGUAAUGGUAAAAUAUUUUUUAAAUUUAGCAUUGUGUAUAGGAACGGACAAGGCUGCCAAAAAAGAAAGGCCAAGCCGAGCGUUCUCAGGCGCUACCUUACAAAACAAAAUUGAUAACAGAACCGCAGUGACGAUAAACAAGUAUUAUAUUAGCAACAAUCGCAGAACAAAGCCCAACCAACAGCAAACACAAGUAAACUUAAUAUAAAACCCAGCUCAAAUUUAAGUUUCUUGACAUAAUACAUACCGGAAGCUAUUGAAUGUGAAAUUUUAAUAACAAACAUACACAAAUUCCGAAACGUAUUGGUUUAUAUCAAUUUUCAAUUUGUAAGGUUGUGACAAAUUGUAAACAAACAUAGAAAACAAAAAUGAAACAUGAAACAAAUCCAUGGAAAAUUGUAAUAUUGUUUGUGAAUGGCAAAUAAAAUAGCAAGAAGGUUGAAGCAUUUGAGAUUCAGACAAAAUACAUUUGAAAAGAACGCCAGUGGGAAAGAGCGAGAAAUGCAAUAAAAAUAACUUUAAAAAAUGCAAAAUAA